ACAAACAGCCAUCUUUCUAGUGCGUUUUGGUGUUUGGAAGGACAUUUAUCAUCUUCGUAUCGUUUUAUUGUCCUUAUUUAAUGUUCUUACCUUUGUAAUAUAAUAUAAUAAAAGGGAAAUUACCAAUUUAUAUAUAAAAUGAAUCCAGAAUAUGAUUAUUUAUUCAAACUCCUCCUUAUUGGAGAUUCUGGAGUUGGAAAGUCAUGUUUAUUACUACGUUUUGCUGAUGAUACUUACACAGAAAGUUACAUCAGCACAAUUGGAGUGGACUUUAAAAUUAGAACAAUAGAACUGGAUGGUAAAACGAUAAAAUUACAGAUAUGGGAUACUGCAGGUCAAGAAAGGUUCAGAACUAUAACAUCAAGUUACUACAGAGGAGCACAUGGAAUAAUAGUUGUUUAUGAUGUUACAGAUCAAGAAUCAUUUAAUAAUGUAAAGCAGUGGCUUCAGGAAAUAGAACGUUAUGCUUGCGAAGGCGUAAAUAAGCUUUUAGUUGGAAACAAAAGUGAUCUGACACUCAAAAAAGUGGUGGAUUUUGCUUCGGCAAAGGAAUUUGCCGAUCAGCUUGGGAUACCAUUUCUCGAGACAAGUGCUAAGAAUGCUACCAAUGUAGAAAAUGUUUUUAUGACAAUGGCAGCGGAAAUUAAGAACAGGAUGGGCCCACUAUCCACUAGUGAUCUCAGCACAGGAAGUAAAAUCAACCCAAAUGCCAGUACUCCAAUCAAAACACAGGGAUCUGGAUGCUGUUGAAAAAGCUACAAUUAGAUAUCACAUCAAUGCUUUUUUUUAUUAGUAAUUUUGUUUCGGUUUUUUAUUCUAUAAUUUGUAGAAGGAAUCCAAUAAAUGUUGGUUUUUGCCUUCUCAUGAACUGAAUUCCACAAGGAAUAAAAAAAUUUCUGAUUUUGACUUUACGAACAUGAAGUCUGGAAGGAUUUUACAUGCACUUCUUUCCAGUUAUUGAGCAGAAAUGAUAGAUUACAUUAGGAUUAACAAAAGAAUAUUUAAAGGAUGUGUACUAUUUCAUCAUGUAAUUUAUGCAUCUCAAGAAUAUUUUGUCAUUAGCAGUAAGUAUUUAUAGUUUAACAUUAUUUUCUAGUUGUAUCAAGACGUCAUUGGAGAGAUUCAAAGUUCACUAUUAAAAAAAUUUAUUCGUAGUUUUGAUAUGAUUUUUUUCCAGUUUAAUUUUUUGGUACAGUUAUAUAUACGAUCAGUUCAAAUAAAGCAGUAAGUACAGACUAGUCUCUACUAUCUACGGAUUUAUUAAUCAAAUUGUAAACUGUGUGAGUGAGUCACUCAUUAUUUCUCAUUAUGUGACACAUUAUAAGAAAAAAUUCAUUUAUUCUUGAUGUCAAUGUAAUUUAUUGAACAUUAGCCAGUCUUUAUAGCUUUACCUUGCAUUAUCCAUAUGUCAUUCGGGAUGUACAGAAACAGCUUUUUAAUCUUUGUCUGACUAUUGAUGCAGGCAGUUCAAAAGAAGAAAAUUUUAGCGAGUCUGUAAAUUAUAAAAACCUAUAAUUUUGAGCUAAUAAAAUUUUUCAAUACCUUAAA